AGGUCUUCGGCCAAUCUUGAUGAACCUUUCGGAUUACAAGCGUCUGACCGUGGCCGGCUUGGAAGGAUUGGCGCGUUUGCUGGAGCUCUUGACGAACUACUUCAAGGUUGAGAUCGGAAAGAAGUUGCUGGAUCAUUUGCGGCAAUGGGCAGAGCCAACGAGGCUACAGGAAUGCGCCGGCAAGCCCUUGAGCGAGAACCAGGAAAUCCGUAUCAUUGUCGGUAUCCUGAACGUAUUUUGCUUGCUGCCCCAGGCUGCCAAUAUCUUUUUGGAUGAGUUGGUAACCGUCGUGCUCGAGAUGGAAAGCCAUCUGCGUCGCGCCAUGUCCAGCCCCUUCCGCCACUCGCUGCUCAAAUUCCUUAACAGAUAUAGUGACGAAGCCGUGGAUUACUUCCUCGACCGCCUCACGCAGGAAAGACACAGCCGGCUAUUCGUGGACCUCUUGUCGACAGAAUUUGCGGCCCCACUUCGAGCAGAGAUUGUCCGUAAUCCCGAGAAACUGAUCGCCAAGACAUUCUCAGAUGCGGACCCAGCUGUCCAAUUCCAUGGCCUUACCAUCACCCGGGCGAUCUCCAAGUUCAACCCAGAUUUCAUUCCUACGAAUCGGCCAGUUCUGGAUGCACUUCUGACCAUGUGGCGGGCACCUGGCCGUCUCGAACGUCUCCAAAAUGAAGACUCGCUUUCGUUAGCGAGAUUGCGCGAAUCUCAGUAUCUGGUCGAAGCAUUCAUACUGUAUCUCAAGCACAACCAGGACGACGUCGAGGUCAUAUUCGAGAUGAUCAGUAUUUUUACCCAGGAAACCGUGAUCGACUUCAGCUUUCUCAAGAUGUUCUAUAUCGAGGAAAUUGCGAUCAAGGCCCCGGCCGCAAGGAAGAGAGCAAUCUUGGAGCACUUUCUUGUCAUGUUCCAGGACAGAGAGGUAUCUCAGAGCGUCAAGAUGCAAUCGCUUAGAGUCAUCAUCAAUCCCAUGCUCCUGGUCGCGUUUACGCGUGGCCCUUCCGAUUAUCUGGCUGUAAUUGAUCAUGCUAUGAUAACUGAGAUUCACUCCAAGAUCUGGCAACCGUUGCUCAAUGAGAAUCCGGACGACAUCCAAUAUUCGGACGAUGCGCUUAGGAUCGAACUUCUUCAAAUGACUUCGCUUAUCCUUCAGUUUGCUUCUGACCUCAUUGCUGAUGCCAGGAAGGAUAUUAUUAUCUUUGGCUGGAAUUACUUGAAGCUGGACGAUAUUACUGGAAAGCAGGCUGCCUAUGUCCUGAUCGCUCGAUUCAUUGCCGCCUACGACACCCCCAGCAAGAUCAUUAUCCAAAUUUACGUCGCGCUGCUUCGGGCCCAUCAAUCGGAAGCCAAGGCCCUUGUGAAGCAGGCGUUGGACAUUGUGGCGCCUGUUCUUCCCAAGAGAAUCGUGAUGACGGCAGAUUCGCCCAAGAAUCCAACGUGGGCACGUUGGACUCAGCGUGUCCUUGUUGAGGAUGGUCACAGUGGCUCCCAGUUGAUGAACGUGUACCAGUUACUAGUUCGUCACCCAGAUCUUUUCUACGAAAGCCGCGAACACUUCUUGCCGCAGAUUGUUACAACCCUAUCUAAGCUGGGCCUCGUACAGAAUGCUGGUAUGGAGAGCAGAACCCUGACCAUCAAUCUUGCCGAGCUGAUCCUCAAGUGGGAGCGUCGACGCAUCUCAGAAGCCAAGAGCUCCAUGGAGGUCGACACUCCUGCCAACCGCGAAGCAUCAGCUGCGCCAACUGCGGCCACUUCCUCAUAUACACCGAAUCUCAGUCUUCGGGAAAACGUUGUCAGUUUCCUGGUCCGCUUUGCGUGCGCUUUCCCGGAACCGUUGUCGAAGAAGGGUUUGCCUUACCGCGCAGUUGAGUUGCUUAGGGAGUUUCUGAGUGCCGAGUUCUGGCCAGAAGUGAACGUGAAGCUCCAGUUCCUCGAGCGCACUCUUUUGCCACCAGAGCUGACGGAGGUGAACCAGGUGGUUGCGUGCAACUCUUUGGAGGUACUCUUGGUGCUGCUCGAGAACAAAUCUGGCCCUUGGUUCUUGAGCCAUAUCACACAGCUUUAUCGCCUGCUGGACAAGUGCUUGCUAUCUGACAGCCCCCGUAUUGUGACCAAUCUUCAGCCCAUCAUGGAUCUUAUCUACAAACAUAUCUCCGCCUCGGCUGCUGCAUCCGUGACACUUUCGUCGGAUGUCCAAUCCUUUAUUGCAGCCGUGGAUGCUAUCAUCAACGACGGACUCCAAACUUUGACGAAUCUCUAUUCUGUUCUGACACUGAUCCAGUCGUCAUGCCAACACCGCCAGGAUGCGAUCGAUGCCUUUGUCCCUGGUAUGAUGAAGGUCGUCAGCAAGCUUACCAAGGACCACAUUGCCCCAGCGGCGCCAGGUACUGCCCAGUCCACUGGCCUGGACUCUCCCAGCAAUCUCCUGAUAACAGCCCUUCGUCUAUUGAAGCUGCGGAUUUCCCAUCUUGGUGACCAAAGACGCUGGUAUCUCGUGUCUUUGAUCCAGCUCAUCGAAAAGUCAACCGACGUGGAGCUGUCGCGUGCCAUCCUCGAUAUGGCGACAGAGUGGGUCACAGGAAAGACAGAGACGUUCCCCACGAUCAAGGAGAAGGCAAGCCUGAUGGUCAAGAUGAUGUGUCUGGAGACCCGCGGUGACAAGAAACUAGUUGAGGACUUUUUAGAGCUCGUGGUCACUAUCUACAACGAUCCCAGCUUUGCUCGAUCUGAGCUCACUGUGCGGCUCGAGCAAGCGUUCUUGAUGGGCACAAGGAGCGAUAACCCACGUUUGCGAAAUCAGUUUGCAGAAAUUUUCGAUCGGAGCAUCGGUCGCUCGCUGUACACCCGCCUGACGUACGUUAUCGGUGGACAGUCGUGGGAGUAUCUUGGCGGCCAGUGCUGGCUACAGCAGGCACUCGACAUUUUGUUGGGAGUGGAGGAUGUUGACGCCGCAGAUUCACCAGAGCUGUCUGCGUUUCUCGCUAAGCAUCGCGAGUUCUUGACGCAAAUCAAUCAGUUGAAUACGAGCGAUGUCAUUCUGCCGCUUAAGCAGCUUCAGCAUCUGGAUACAACUGUCACCCACCGUCUCUGGACAGAUCUGUUCCCAUUGUAUUGGUCCGCGACUUCGACCAAGGAGAGACAGGAGUUGACCAAGAUUCUUAUCCCCUUGCUUGCAAAGGAAUACCACAGCAAGCAACAGGACGCUCGCCCGAAUGUCAUCCAGGCACUGUUGGAAGGUAUCUCACGGUGCGCCCCCGCAAUUCGCCUUCCUCCUCAUCUCGUCAAGUAUCUGGGAAAGAGGUUCUGUGCCUGGCACACAGCCACGCAUUUGUUGCAGAAUUCGAUUCCGGACGGCAAGCCUAGCGAUUCAAGUGGAUUCAAAGAGGAGGAGAAACUUCGAAACAGCACCCUGGACGCUCUCGCUGAGCUGUACACGACACUGGGCGAGGAAGACAUGUUUUAUGGUCUAUGGAGACGCCGCUGUCUGUACUCUGAGACCAACGCUGCCAUCUCUUACGAGCAGAAUGGAAUGUGGCAGCAAGCACAGAUCAUGUACGAGAGUGCUGUCAACAAGGCAAGGACAGGAGCACUGCAGUUCACGGAGUCAGAGUAUUCGCUUUGGGAAGACCAUUGGAUUACCUGCACUCAGAAGUUGCAGAGCUGGGAUAUCUUAGCGGACCUCGCCAAACACGAGAACAACACUGAAUUGCUACUUGAAUCCAACUGGAGACUAUCGGACUGGACGGCGGAGCGCGAGAUGAUGGAGCAGCUGGUGUAUUCGAUCACGGAAGCACCGACCCCACGCCGGAGAGUCUUUGAGGCGUUCUUGGCCCUGAUCAAGGCCAAUCAGCCCCAUGCUCAGUCGUCAGAAACAAACAAUGCAGACUUUGUCAAGCUAUGCGACGAAGGUGUUCAGCUGUCGCUGUGGAAGUGGCACACUUUACCUGAGGUCGUUUCCCAGACACAUGUGCCACUCUUACAGGUCUUCCAGCAGUUUGUAGAACUCACGGAGGCCAACCAAAUUUACCAGAGCCUUGCCAGCACGACUGCGCUCAAUCUCGAAAGCAAGUCGCAGGACCUCAAGAGCACGCUACAGACGUGGAGGGAAAGACUGCCAAAUACAUGGGACGACAUUAACGUGUGGAGUGAUCUCGUUGCGUGGCGCCAGCACAUUUUCUCAGCGAUCAACAAGACGUAUCUGCCCCUAAUCCAACAGCUACCCUCUGUCACGCCUGGAACUGGGGGCUCGAAUUCUAACUCGUUCGCCUAUAGAGGAUACCAUGAAACUGCCUGGAUCAUCAAUCGCUUCGCCCACGUUGCUAGAAAGCACCAGCUCGCGGAGGUGUGCAUCAACCAGCUGACCAAGAUUUACACGCUUCCCAACAUUGAGAUCCAGGAGGCCUUCUUGAAGCUGCGUGAACAAGCCAAGUGUCACUUCCAGAACGAGGCUGAGUUGACUACGGGCCUGGAGGUUAUCAACAAUACCAACCUGAUGUAUUUCAGCCCGAAUCAGAAGGCUGAGUUCUUCACGAUGAAGGGUAUGUUCCUCGCUAAGCUCUCGCUGCAUGAGGAGGCCAAUAUGGCGUUUGUGAACGCUGUCCAAAUUGACUUGGGUCUUGCCAAGGCAUGGGCUGCAUGGGGCAAUUACAACGAUCAGCAGUUCAAGGAGAAGCCGAAGGAGAUUACGUUGGCCAGCCAUGCUGUCAGCUGCUAUCUCCAGGCCGCUGGCAUUUACAAGAGUUCCAAAUCGAGGAAGUACCUUGUCCGUAUCCAAUGGCUGAUGACACAGGAUGACAGCCAGGGUACCGUGUACCGCGCAUUUGAGGCAUUUAAGGGCGAUGUUCCUGUAUGGUACUGGAUCACCUUUAUUCCUCAGCUCCUUCUGUCACUCACGCAUCUGAAGGAGGCCAAGCAUGCUCGUCACAUCUUGAUGAAGAUUGCCAAGACUUAUCCCCAGGCGUUGCACUUUUCACUUCGGACACUGAAAGAGGAGUACACGACGAUGAGAAAAGGCCAACAGGUACAGCAACAGGCUCAGCAACAAGCGCAACAGAAUUCGCAGAAUCAGCAGAAUCAGGUGCAGAGCCAGCAGACCUCCAAGGAUCCGCAGACGCCCCAGAUUAGUCAGUCAGGCCAGCAGGGACAACAGACGCCAAGUCAAGCAGGCAGCAAUGCCAACACCAAUGCCCCAUCCACGCCAACAACGCCUGCUGCUAGCACGGUCGGCACUCCUACCGCGCAGACUGGCGCAUCCGCAUCGACACCUACCUUACAACCAACAACAGUUACUGAGACCAGUCCCUCUACCGCUGCAACGCCGGCAGCUGCUGCUAUUAGUGUUACGACACCGAACGCUAAUUUCCCCGGAGUGGCCCUUAAUGCUGCGGGUGUCUCGCAGAUCCGUAAGCCGUGGGAGCAUGUUGAUGACAUUAUGAACAUCCUCAAGACUGCGUUCCCUCUGUUGGCGCUGUCUAUGGAGUCCAUGGUGGAUCAAAUUCAGCAGCGCCUGAAGCCGUCUCCUGAGGAAGAUAUGUAUCGCCUUAUUGUUGCGCUAUUAACUGAUAGCUUCCAGCAAUUGUUCCAGCGCCUGAUUCUCAAUAAUGAGAACGAGCAGCUUUCACCUGUCACUGAGGCAAAUUUGACGCGAUUCUCAGAGAACCUGUUUCAGCCUCAGGUGAAGGCAGCCUUUGUGCACGACUUUAUAGCUAACAAGCCCACUCUUAGCCAGUUUGUGACACGACUGCAGCGCUGGAGGGACAAGUUUGAAGACAUUCUGGACAGUAAACCCAGACGCCAACAGCUUGAAAACUGGAGCCAGUACUUGGCAGAGUUUCAGCAUCAGAAGUUUGAUGAUGUGGAGGUUCCUGGCCAAUAUUUACUGCUGAAAGACAACAGCAACGAUUUUGUCAGAAUCGAUCGUUUCGAGUCGGAGGUGGAGCUUUUACGUGGCCCGAUGAACUGCAGUCGUCGAUUGAUCAUCCGCGGUCACGAUGGCAGUAUCCACCCGUUCAUUGUGCAGCAGCCGGCUUCAAGACAAGGUCGAAGAGAGGAGCGUGUGAUGCAGCUUUUCCGAAUCCUGAACGGAAUUCUGGAACGCAAGAAGGAGAGCAGAAAGCGCAACUUGUUCUUCCAUCUGCCGCUGAUCAUUCCUUUGGCACCACAGAUCCGCAUCCUUCAGGACGACCCUUCAUAUGCCUCACUUCAUGGUAUCUUUGAGGAGCACUGCAAUAUGAUUGGCAUCCACAAGGACGACCCGAUCAUGUAUUACACUGCUAGAGUGAAGGAUGGCUUGGAUAUCAAAAAACAGGCGGACAUGCUGAACCUGAAGAUGGAGAUUGCGGACGAGAUUGCGUCCAAAAUGAUCCCAGAAACGAUCCUCACGGACUUUAUGGUCCGCAAUAUGAAGUCAUAUACGGAUCUGUGGGUGAUCAGGAAGCAGUUUACAUCUCAGAUGGCCUCAGUCACCUUCCUCACGUAUAUCAUGAGCAUUGGACACCGCUUCCCUACCAAGUGGUUCAUCUCGCUGCAGACGGGAAAUGUCUGGACUUCGGAUAUGUUGCCUGUGUUUUCUCCACAAACCACCACAUUCUCCAAUUCGGAGCCUGUGCCCUUCCGCUUCACGCCCAACAUCCAGCAUUUCAUCACCCCGACAGGAGUCGAGGGUGUUUUCACGAGUUCACUCAUGUCGAUAGCACGCUGCCUUACGGAGCCCGAGUUUGAGUUUGACCAGUAUCUUGGCAUCUUUAUUCGUGACGAGCUUGUGAGCUGGUUCACUGCAGGAAUGAAGCCCCUGAAUGAGCAAAACCUGGGCGAAAGAGUGACAUCGACAGUAGAGCAGGUGCUGAAGCGCACGUCGCUAUUGUCUUGCAAGCCCGAGCGUGAGAAGGGACGUGGAACCAACAUUCCUGCGAACCAGACUAUUCUGGAUUUGAUCUCUCAGGCCUCGAAUCCUCUCAAGUAUGCGCAAAUGGAUUGCACAUGGCUGCAAUGGCUAUAA